CACAAGUAAAUGAGCUUUGUUUAUCAAUCAAUUUCAUAAUCAUCUCUCUCAGUUUAAAAAUAUCCUGAUGGCUCUAUUCACCUCUAUAUGAUCCAUCGGUCGUUAACCGACAGUGAUCUUUGCUAUGGUGGUCCGUUAAAUCUACCAAAGAGAGAUUUUGAAAGUUAUAUAUUGCCGGAGAUGGAAAAUGUUAUGGUCCAGAAUUUGGGAUCAUCAAACGGUGUUGAAGUGAAAAUUCAUAUUCUCGAGGAAGGUUAUGAAGCUGAUGAUUACACAAUAACAUUAAUUAAGAAAACCAGUUACAAGUUUAUUGCAGGAUGGAGCAAUAUCGCCAAAGCAAAAGGUUACAUAACUGGUGAUGAAAUUGGACUCUUGUGGGAUAAAAUCGCCGAAAAAUUCUUUCUUCGUCUUAUCAAGUAG